AAUUAGAAAUAAAACUUAUGUAUUCACAAAUCGAAUCUGGAGCAGAAUUGCUCGCAAGACUAAAUAGUAAACCAAAUCUAAAUAAGCUUGAAGAUACAUUGUUUCUUGAUGGUCCUCGAAACACUGACAUUAUAGAAAUUAGUGGAGACCGAUCAUGUGGGAAGACUCUUCUUUUAUCACAAAUGCUGGCAAAGUGUAUUUUACCAAAUUAUUAUCAAAUCAAAGGUUGCAAUGCUACAGCCAUUCUAAUAAAUACAGAUCAUCAUUUUCAAAUUUCAAAAUUAGUUGAAUUGAUGAGUGAUAUUAUAAAUGCUACUGGUAUAGUAUCAUUUACAUCUGAAGCAAUUGAAUUGGAUUUUAAUAGAAUAAAUAUUAUUAAAAAUUCUUUACACAACUUGCACAUUGUCAAUUGUUAUAACAGUGAACAAUUUUUUCUAACAUUACGCACACUAGAUGAUAUAUUUCUUGAUAAUGCCAAAAUUGCUGUUUUAGCCAUUGACAGCAUAACAGCAUAUUAUUGGCAAGAUUGUGAAGAAAAUAUUACUACAGUUGAUACUUAUGUAAACAAGUUAUUAAAACUUAUUAAAAUCCAUACAACUCAAUUUAAUAUUUUGACAAUAUAUACCAAGCUACAUGAAAACAUAUAUGAUCAAGGAAAAAAACAUGUGAAUGUUGAUUAUAAAAUACAGUUGUGUAGAAUGCAUAAUUCAAAAAAUCUUAUAUGUAUACUGGAAACAGUUAAAAUUAUCAGGAAAAUAUAUUAUUCUAUUUUAUCCAAUGGUAUAAAGUGGAAGAUAAAUGAAAAAAAGGAAUGA